AUGAAUCAACUUAGUGUUUCUCGUCGUUAUAAAAUUCUAACAACUCGAAUAUCUAUGAAUUCUCAGCGACAAUUUUUGUUAAAGCGAGGAAAUUGCAAAGCACAAUGGUUGACUGUUGAGGAAAUAGAAUCAAGAUAUCAGAACUUAAAUAAUCUUAAUGAAUUUCGAGAAAAAUUUCGAAAAGGAUUUUCAAUCAUACCGGACAACGAUCAAAUUGAUCCAUUCGAAAAUUUGAUUCAAGUUCAAAGUAAUUGCUAUAAAUUCUUUGAUGUCAAUGAAUGCAUACCAACUGCAUCUAUUUGUAAUUGCAAAAACAAUAAUAGUUCAGAUUGUUUGAAUGAAGGAUGUGAAAAUUUUAGUAGAGGUGUUGAAUGUACACCAUUGUGUCUAAUGGGUGAUGAUUGUUCUAAUCGUCAUUUGCAGAUAAUUAAUAAUGAAAAAGACUUGGAUGUUUUCAGAACAAAACAAUACAAUUGGGGAGUCAUUACUGAUAUUGAUUUUCAUAAAGAUGAUUUUAUUGCUGAAUACAAAGGGAUAGUUCAAUCAUGCUAUGACAGAACAAUAUCGCAGAUCUAUUCAAUGGAUCUUGGUCGAACAUCGGUUAUCGAUGCAUCGCGUUGGUGUAACGCAACUCGUUUUUUGAAUCAUUGUUGCAUUCCCAAUGCACAAUCUAAUCUACGUGCUGUCGAUGGUCUUUGGAGACUUGCUUUUUUUGCUCUUCGCAAAAUUGAAGCUAACGAAGAGAUAACAAUAGAUUAUGGGAAAAGUUAUAGCCAGAAUGCUGAAAUUUGUUAUUGCCAGGCGCCAAAUUGUGCCGGAAUUAUAGGUGGUAAGAAAGAAUUUGAAUUUAAUCCUAAUAAAUGGAAUGAACCGUCAAAUGAACAAACUCAAUUUCUGAAAAGAUUUUUUGCAGAAAAGCUAUGGGAAACAAUUCCAAUUUGA